ACGAAAAAUUUCAAGCAAUACCUCAUCUGAUAGAAAAUUUCACAAACUACAAGAUAGGCUACCUUAGAAGUUUUAGAAUUCAUUUUUGGCUGCUGAGUAGGCCUGGUUUCUUUCUCCACUAAAGAAUCGAUCAGGCUUUAUGAGCGCAUGAAGUUUUUUCACAUCUUUUUUCAAGACUUGGAUUUUUUUCUUCUAGUCAAAGACAAUUUGAAGUGUUUUAGAUUUCAAAUUUUCAGAUGACGGCCGCAAUCGAUUAGCCUCUCGUUCGCAGUUAAAGUCUUUUGAAACUCGUUCAUCUAGUACUCCAAAUGUUCAUUGUUCUCGAGCAGCACAAAAGUUGGAUUCAUCUCUAACGAAAGCCAGAUCUCGAGAAGCAAAUCAUACAUCGACACAAUUAUUUGAAAUGAAUCAUCUGCAAGAAGAAUUUAAUAAUGCUCACGUCUGUUCAGAGGGACGCCUGGAGCUUAUUUGUGAUGUUAAACAAUCUUACGGUCUUACUACAUUAGGAUCAGAUGUUAAUUAUUCAUUAUUGAACAGUUCAUUAGCAAAAGAUUCAAAACGUCUUGCUAAGGCUGAGUCUGUAGUAGCAAAACGAGAGACAGUAAUUGAACGGAAAAAACAGGCUCGUUCAAAGUCACUGACAGCUGAACGUGAUAUUUCUGAAUAUGGAGCAGAAGCUCAUUAG